GAUGGCUGGCGGAGCCUGAAGUCAGUGAGAGGCAUCAACGUGACUGACCACACCUACUUGGGCAGAGAGCAGAACGGUGAGAUCUCCACUUCCGUCCACAGUCGCAGUCUCUGUCCCACCCGGUUCCUCAAACCUCACAGCUGUUUUCAUGCCUGCAGGGUCGUCUUUUUUCAUGCACUUCAGCACUGAGGGCAGAAACCAGGGGGACGCAGCCCGACUGGAGAGCAGGACGCUGACCCCGACAAGAGACUGCAAAGUCCAGUGCCUGCAGUUCUACUACUAUCACAGCGGAAACGAGUCUGACCAGCUCAACAUCUGGAUCCGAGAGUUCCAGAAUGAGUCCGACAGCAGAGGAUCUCUCAGACUGAUGGAUCAGAUCACAGAAACCCCUGGGAACUACUGGAAGCUGCAUCAUGUGCCACUGAACGCAAAUAAAUCUUUCCAAGUUGUGUUUGAAGGCCGUAAAGGAGCUGGAAACUCCCGUGGAGGACUCUCACUGGAUGAUAUCAAUGUUUCAGAGACCGAGUGUCCUUCUCACACAUGGCAGAUAAGAGACUUUGAGAAGGAACUGAACAGUGGGUUUGGCUCUUGGUGGAGUCCACUGUAUUACUCCAGUGAUGGUUAUCGCUUUGGGGCUAAGUUAUAUUUAUCAGGGAAUCAACUUUCAAUGAGUGUUUUUUUGGUACCUGGUGCAUAUGAUGAACAGUUGCAGUGGCCUUGUCCAUGGAGACAAAUAACCGUCCAGAUCCUCGACCAGAAUCCACACAUACAGAAGCGCAUGUCCUUCGAGCAAAGCGCCACCACUGACCCCAAUUUUGAUUACUUGGACUUUAUGUAUUAUACAGACGGGAACAAUCCUGAAAAUGGUGAUGAGUCUGUAUUUGUGGGUGGAACUGCCUCUUUUAAGCUCCUAACAACAGAUGAUCUCGCUCGAAGAGAGUUCAUCAAGGGUGGUGACAUCAUACUUCUCCUCGACUUUCAAGAUAUCUCAGGUCUGCUUCAGAACGACUCUCUAUCCUGCCCUAAAGUGACCGUGAAGAACUUCAACGCUUCUACUGACACAAGUGUCCACCAGGAACCAUGUGCUGCGAGAGCAUCUUCCACAGCUCAGCCGAUCUCAACAACUACAACAACUGGCCAUACAACAACACCAGCAGGACCCACUGAGCGAGCAUCUUCCACAGCUCAGCCGAUCUCAACAACUACAACAACACCAGCAGGACUCACUGAGCGUGAGUGUGUGGACAUAUUCUGCAGUUCCAGCUCCAGGACUGCUUCCUCUCUGAUCAUCUUGCUGCUUUGCUUUCUUCUGCUGGAGAUUUAAUCAUGACGAAUCACUAUUAUCACUGCUCUACGUCUGACUACACAAGAUUUCAAUGGCAAAAACUGUCUUCAGCCAUUAAGUGUGUGUUGAUAAUUAAUGGAGAUAAUCAAUGUUAAUCUCAGCUUUAAUCAUAAUAGUUGUUGAUAACAAUAU